UAAACUUGGAAUGGAUAACUGAAUGUUCUGCUCAUCUGACAGUGUUGGACUGGAUGUUAGAUUUACUUUAUGCUUUUAAUUACAACACGUUAAGAGUUGUGUUCAGGUUGUAUUUGAGAGAAAAGUUUUGUAAUUAGAUCAAAAUGGUGAAAUGUGGGAUGUUGUCACAGGUGAGACAUUUACAAGGCAAAAGGAGGCUUGUCAUUGAAUGAGAAGGAAGGAUGGGCAGGGAAAAAUGUUGAAGCGAGAGGAGGAGACCAGAUGGGGAAGGGGGAAGAGAUGGGGGUAAGAGGGAGAGAAUCCGGUGCAGGACUAUAUGGUGGGUGACGUUAAGAUUCCCUGCUGCACCUUUACAGGUUGUUACAAAUAUUUUAAGAGAUGGAUGUAAAUUGGGCUUUAUAGGUUUAGAGGGUCAAUUAUAUCUUAUCAAUUGGGCCAAAGGUUGUUGUGCAGUGUGUCCUUUCAUGUAGCGAUUUAAAUGUAAGAAAGUGUGGGACAGAUGGUCUCUGUGGCCACAGAAUUGGGAUGUAUGUGUCUGGCAGGGAAACAGACUUGGGAAACUGAUAGGUAGAAAGAUUGCUGCCAGGCUCAGAGAGAAGCCUUUGGCUGUGUUGUAUGGGAUGGCGCAGAGCAGGUAUGAUGUUUUCCUGGCUGAUAAUUAAGAUUUCCAUCAGAUAUCUUGGGGUAUUGAGGUGCAGAACCUUGAUGGGGAAAACAGCAGCCUUUUAGAUUUUAUACUUUUGCAUGAACACACGGCAAACCGGCCCACUGAGCAACAGUCCACUGAUAAGCCAAAGAGUUGAAAGUUUUCAUUUCUAAAGAAGUCGAGGGCAGGUUGGGGAUUUAGCUCACUGGUAGGGCGCUUGCCUAGCAAAUGCAAGGCCCUGGGUUCGGACCUCAGCUAUGAAAAAAAAAAAAAAGAAAGAGGAGGGCAGCACCAUGUUAGGCAUGUGGUAUCUCAAUAUUAGGAAUUUAAACAAAGAAACAGAGAAGCACCCUGGGAUGGCACAUUGUAGAUUCCCUGCUGUGUGACAAGUAAUGGCAAGUCAUAGAGUUAGAGAUUUAAAGCUGCUCUUUAAAGUGCGUUGUUUCUAAAAUCUUUCAUGAUACUCAUAUUUCUUUUAACGUGGGCUCCACAGGAAUUCUGGGUGGAAAUCCUAGUUAGACAAGCUGCUUAGUAAGGACCAUUUUAUUAACAGAUGAAUAAGUUCAAUUUUACAAAGAAGAGAGUAAAGACAUUGCUUGAAACACGUGGGGAUUUUCACCAUAGUUUGGUACUUGGAGUGAGUGAACAAUUUUUCCCUAUCUAAGUAGAGAGUUGUGAUAAAUACCUUUAACUCUGGUCAGAGUGGAUACAGACAUAUAUUGUGGAAGAUAUGAAGGUUAAUUAAACACAUGUGGCUCUGGGUAGAGAGCUGAACAGAUGGAUACAUUUUGGCUAAUGUCCUGAAUUUUAAAUUGGUUUUUGGUAUUAGACUUGAUAGAAGAUGUUUAAGUUUGUCUAAAGGAGAGUACAGAGGGUGGAGCCAGAAGCAGCCGCCAGCAUGGAUGUGUUCCUCAUGAUCCGGAGCCACAAGACCACCACCAUCUUUACAGACGCCAAGGAGUCGAGCACGGUGUUCGAACUGAAGUACAUCGUCGAGGGUAUCAUCAAGCGGCCGCCAGAGGAGCAGCAGCUGUACAAGGACGACCAGCUCCUCAAUGAUGGAAAAACUCUGGGCGAAUGUGGCUUCACCAGUCAGACAGCAAGGCCACAGCCCCCAGCCUCAGUGGGCCUGGCCUUUCCAGCAGAGGACACCGUUGAAGCGCUGCUUAUUGAACCCUUCUCCAGCCCUCGGAGCUUCCAGAUGUGAUGAAGCCACAGGAUUCUGGAGGCAGUGCCAAUGAACAAGCUGUGCAGUGAGGGCCCCAGGCCUACCCCCUAAAAACCCACUCCCCCAAUAAAAAAAGAUUUGCCUGUCUAAAAAAAAACAAAAAACAAAAAAAGGAGAGUACAGAGAUUAUGAGAAUCACAUGGGGAUUUUCAUGCAUGGAUCGAAACUUAGGACGGGACAAAUUAGUCCCUGGAUCCACUUAGAGUAUCCAAUGUUACUUAGUAGUAAUUAAGGUUCAAUAAAAUCUGUGACUCCCGGUAAAGAGCUAAACAGAUGGAGAUAGAUAGAUAGAUAGAUAGAUAGAUAGAUAGAUAGAUAGAUAGAUAGAUAGAUAUUUGUCUUAAGGUUAAACAAAAAUCUGUUGCCUAACAUAUGUCCAUCUCUAAAGCCCUCUACCCUGAGUCAAAGUCCUGGUUUGAUACAUGGCGUAUUGGUAUUAGAAUUGAGAGAAGUUUUUAAAUGUGUUUUAUGUGUUAGCCGCUAAAAGCCAUAUCUCUGGUUGAUGACGGCCAGCGAGGGUGUGCGGUUAAUUUGAUAUAUUCAAGAAUAGGAAGCUCAGAUUCUCUUCACGUGGGCUCCACCGGAUUAUUCGGUUCAUUUCCUGAUAUCAUAGAGUACAAAAGUGUAUCAGGCUCAUUGUUUAGCUUACUUCGUGUGUUAAAAAGUCGUUUAAUCGUCAUAAUGGGUGUGCCUUUGAGUUUUAUGGUUAUAUUAUUAGUCCGGGAAAGAGUAUAAGAUACAAGCUAUUUGGAUACAGACUGAGUAACACAAUAUUUUGGGACAAAUGUAUUGUCUUUGUGCUUUUACAAAGUGUGGUUAGGCUCUGGAAACCUCACAGAGUCCUACUGAUCUGAUUUGAUAGAGGUAGACCUCCUGAAAAAAUGAUUCAGGAGAAUCAAACAGAAAAAGUUAUCUGAAUCCUAAACGUUUGUCUUGAGAGUUGUAUGAUGCGAAGUGUGCCUACUUGGACUCCUGGUCUCAAAGACUUUAUCAGGCGGGUCCAAUCAGGACACACAUGCUACAGCAUGUGCUUCAUUAUUCCUACCCCCUACCCAGAAGGAUAUCUCAACGCCCAUGUACAGCUUGAAGAAGUUACAGAAGAGUCUUCGUCCCAGUUCCCUAGACUUUUGGGAGGCUGAAAGGGAUUAUUCUGAAGUGGUUUUUAUGAGGAAUUUAGAAAUGGUUGUUAUUUAACUGGGAGGAAGUAGAUAGGGUUAUACAGUCAUAAUCUCAUGUGGUAACUAAGCUAGCAUCAUAUCUGUGCUUUGGUAUACAAUUUAUUUGACGAAAAAUUGUAAAAGUACAAGUUUUAGAGUCAGUCCUUCUAGUGAUGUCAUUACAAAGAUCUGAGAUGAUUACACCUCUGAUUUAAGAGACAAAUAACAAAUUCAUGACUCUGAGUUUGACACUUGAAACUUUCAAGAUAAUAUUUAGGAUUUGGAGACAACAGUCCAGAUUACUUUAUAUAGAUCGAUGUUCUUCAAAAACGUCAGAAAUCCACAAAAUUUGAGAUUUAAAUUUAUUUAUCCUUUGUUGAGACAUAUCUGCUCCUAACCGUUCCCUUUCCCUGAUUUAAUGAAGAAUUUGAACAUCUCGACCUCCAGGUGAUGCCAUACUUUGUGGCAAGGCAGCCACUGCACAAAGCUGCCUGUUUCAUCUGCACACUAAUACUGUCCAGAAAAGGACAAGUCAUGCAGAAUAGUUGACUGAUAAGCCCAACCAAGACAGGGUGAACAGCCCUUCCUCAUCUGCAUUUCCACAGUCUGUCAGUUGAUUUGGGGCCAGAAGGCUGAAGUCUUCCCUCACGUGUUGCUAACAGGGUACUGUGCUGGUGGAGAGUGCUCUCUACAACCUCUCAGUUCUAGAAGGUGUUUUAGGCUUCCUAUGUGUGUAGAUACUUGGCCAUUCUCAGAUUUCUGACGGGGUUGAAGACUGAUUAUAGGCUCAUAGCUUAUGAGGCUGUUUGACUCUGAACAUAUAUAUAUAUAUAUAUAUAUAUAUACAUAUACAUGAAUAUAUAUAUUAUAUAUCAUUGGAGAUUUAUGAGAUAGUAUACAAGCUAGCCAAAAUACAAUAUGGAUGUUAAGACUUCUCUAAACUUGGAAUGGAUAACUGAAUGUUCUGCUCAUCUGACAGUGUUGGACUGGAUGUUAGAUUUACUUUAUGCUUUUAAUUACAACACGUUAAGAGUUGUGUUCAGGUUGUAUUUGAGAGAAAAGUUUUGUAAUUAGAUCAAAAUGGUGAAAUGUGGGAUGUUGUCACAGGUGAGACAUUUACAAGGCAAAAGGAGGCUUGUCAUUGAAUGAGAAGGAAGGAUGGGCAGGGAAAAAUGUUGAAGGGAGAGGAGGAGACCAGAUGGGGAAGGGGGAAGAGAUGGGGGUAAGAGGGAGAGAAUCCGGUGCAGGACUAUAUGGUGGGUGACGUUAAGAUUCCCUGCUGCACCUUUACUGGUUGUUACAAAUAUUUUAAGAGAUGGAUGUAAAUUGGGCUUUAUAGGUUUAGAAGGUCAAUUAUAUCUUAUCAAUUGGGCCAAAGGUUGUUGUGCAGUGUGUCCUUUCAUGUAGCGAUUUAAAUGUAAGAAAGUGUGGGACAGAUGGUCUCUGUGGCCACAGAAUUGGGAUGUAUGUGUCUGGCAGGGAAACCGACUUGGGAAACUGAUAGGUAGAAAGAUUGCUGCCAGGCUCAGAGAGAAGCCUUUGGCUGUGUUGUAUGGGAUGGCGCAGAGCAGGUAUGAUGUUUUCCUGGCUGAUAAUUAAGAUUUCCAUCAGAUAUCUUGGGGUAUUGAGGUGCAGAACCUUGAUGGGGAAAACAGCAGCCUUUUAGAUUUUAUACUUUUGCAUGAACACACGGCAAACCGGCCCACUGAGCAACAGUCCACUGAUAAGCCAAAGAGUUGAAAGUUUUCAUUUCUAAAGAAGUCGAGGGCAGGUUGGGGAUUUAGCUCACUGGUAGAGCGCUUGCCUAGCAAAUGCAAGGCCCUGGGUUCGGACCUCAGCUAUGAAAAAAAAAAAAAAAGAAA